ACACACACGCUCAGACUCACAGGUGUGUGCGAAGAAGAAGAAGAAGAAGAAGAAGAAGAAGAAGAAGAAGAAGAAGAAGAAGAAGAAGAAGAAGAAGAAGGAAGAGGAAGAGGAAAGAGGAAGAGAGGAAGGACAACUUGACAGAGCUAUGGCGUCGUUGAGGAGAAAUCUGUCUCGACUCGUGAAGGGGAGCAAGAAGAAGAAGAAGAAGAAGAAGAAUGGAGAGGAGAAGGAGGAAGAGGAGGAGGAGCUGCAGGUAGUGAAGAGAGGCGAGGAGGAGAAGAGAGGAGAAGAAAAGGGGGACGAGAGAGGAAGAGAGAAAAAGGAGAAAGAGGAAAACGGUCUGCCCCACAGGACGCUACAGAGGGAAAACCAUGAGAGUAUACCUGUGCAGCAUGAGGACUGGGGCCAGGCGUCGCAGCAAGUUGUGCAGCAGCUGCUGAUGGACAGGAGCGUAGUGGAGGCUGAGAGAGAGCAACAGCGCACCCUGGAGGUGUGGAGGGGCAUGAACGCUGUGGAGGGGCAGCAGGCCACGGCUUACCCCCCCUCCUGGAUAAAGGAGCUCCAGCAGACAGUUCAGAAGGCCGCCAGGUGCCACUUGCCCCCUCUGCCACCAGAGGGCUCUCCUGAGCAGCAGUUGCAGCUGCCCACUUACCUCAGCCAUGUACAGAAAGUGCUGACGGGAGAGCUGCAGCGAUUGGCUCCCCUGCUCAGGGAGGCGGGACUGCUGCCGGCUGUGAUUGACGGCUUCCACUUCCAUACAAUGGACCAGCUGGAGCUGCUGCUGCAGAGGAGGCUGAACUCAGAUCAGCUGUUCACACUGCUGAGGUGGACACUCAAGACAUACCUGAGUGAGGAGGUGCUGGGCCAGAGAGAGCUGCAUAGUGAUGUGAUGACGCACCUGGACUUCAUGACCUACACUGAGGCUGUACACAACACUCAACAACGCCUACUCAACACUGCACAGGAGGAUCUGGGAGUGUGUUUGGAGAGGAUUCUGCAGGAAGGGCCAGGAGUGUGUGAUGAUGAACACACACACUUUGUUGAAGACGCCAACAAGUGUGUGAGAGUGUAUUCAGAGAAAGCCAAGGAGUUCAGUCCUCUUCUGCAGUCCAAACUCAGCCUCAGAUGCCUCCAGAAGCUGCACAGCUUUGUGGAUAGGUAUGUUGCCAUGGAGACUAAAAGGAACAGUCCAUCACUGCAGCUAACUCUGACAACCAAAGACCUGACGCCACUCUACAACACCAUACACAACUGCUCACAGCUCAGGCGAUUAGCGGUGCAGCUAGCAGCUGACGCGCAGACUAACGCUGAUGACACUGAGGGUCCCCUGGAGGAGCUGCGGACACACACCACAGAUCAGCUGUUGCACACAGCAGCUCAAAGCAUUGAGGCUCCUCUGCAGACCUAUCUGAAGCCGGGUGGCGGUGGUGGAGACCUGGGUGAGGUGCAGAGCAGAGUAGAGCAGCUGUUUGGUCCCCUGCCGAUAGUCACCGAUACACACGUUCACAUGGCUCUGGUGGACAGUGUGUAUGAGUGUGUGACGUCCUCGUACCUGCAACACCUGUUGCACAGCAACCACAAACAGCUGGUCAGCAUGUGGGGAGACAUCAGGGACCGAGUGACACAGGAUGCUGAGACACUACACAUGACCUUUACAGCACAGGAUGGGGGCGUGGAGAAGAGGUGUGUGUCACUCUUGAAGGUGUGUGAGAUUCUCAAGUGUCGUGAUGUGGACGCUCUGAAACUUGUUCUCAUGGAGCUCAUCAACGCAUGGCCCAGCAUCAGUGAGCCGCAGCUGAGAUGUUUGUUGCGGUGGAGAGGAGAUCUGUCACCUGUGCAGCGGUCGGAGGUUCUGGAAGCAGUUCUAGAACACUUACCUCGUUCCGCCAUCAUGGAAACGCCAGCUACAUCGCCAAGACCCAAUACAUCACAAAGACCCAAUACAUCACAAAGACCCACUACAUCACAAAGACCCACCAUGUGGUUUCACGCCUUGCCCUGUCUCAGACCACAAACCAUAGCAUGACAACACACACAACUGUAGUGCACGCAUGUGUAUGUCAUAUGUGUGUGUGCGUGUGUGUGUGUGUGCUCCAGCGUAUACAUAUGUGUGUGUGUGCGUGUGCGUGCGUGUGUGUGUGUGUGUGUGUGUGUGUGUGUGUGUGUGUGUGUGUGUGUGUGUGUGUGUGUGUGUGUGUGUGUGCGUACGUGCAUGAGUGCGUGCGUGUGUGAGUGUGCUGUGUGAUGGAGAGAAAGAGAGGUGAGUGUAAGCUUGGUUAACAUCACUGUGAUGUUGUCACCUCACUGCUGUUGUAUGCUCUCACUCUGGUAACAUCACUUGGCAAUCAAGAAAAAAGGAGGUAUUGCAAUGAGGUGCACUUUUUGAGGUGCUGGCUUUAUGUAUUCAAAUGUCAAAGAAAAUAAUGAAGAUGCUGCACACUCUGCAACAUGUUUUUUUAAGUGACGUCUUGGCCUUCUUCAAAACGUACAAAACACCAAUAUCCAAUAACAAUGAUAAUCCAAUAUCCUGGCAUUAUUCAAACUCACAAAAAACACCAAUAUCCAUUAUUGGUGUUUUGUGAGUUUGAAGAAGGCCAUGGGGCCGAAAUGUCACUUCAAAUGGAAAAAAGCAGAGUGUGCUGCAUCUUAUUUUUGGAAUUUUCUCACUCUGGUGACAUCACUUGUCAAUAAAGCUCUUUUCCCCUCACCUGUGUCAAGUCAAGUCAUGUCAAGUCAAGUGUACGUUAUUGCCAAAAAUCUAUG